UGUACGGGCCUCAGAGAUCAUAAAUUGUCUCCCCUGAUCGGGGUUAUCUAAACGUCCGAAAUAUCAAGCGUUUUUAUGAUCGUUACCAAAAUACUUCCUGCUUUGUGAAAAAAGGCCUAGAAAUAAUUGUUUCUGAAGGGGAGUGAAGAAAUGGCCCAUGCACCUACACUGGAGGAGUCCCCAUUAGCUCAUUUUUAGUGAUUUACUCAAUUUUCUGAGGGUUGUGAUAUAGACAAGAACAAGUGAAAAUGAGCAGAGAUGGAAAGGAAGUGCUGGCGGACUUCAUGUUGAAGCGAGCAAUGAACAAGGGAACUGUAUUCACUGCACAGAGCUACAAGGAAAGGUGGUUUGUGCUAACUGAGGAGAGCCUUACAUACUAUGGGGGUACAUUGGCGAAACGAGGGAAGGCAAAGGGUACAAUAUGCUUAAAUAAUGUAAAAACAGUUGAGACGGUGGAAGAUGGCAAGUUAGAUGAUAAGAUCAAUGUGUUUCAGAUAAUGCACAGAACAGAAAAGGGUGAAGGUUACUACACAUUGUAUGUAGUUGCUCAAAGACCAGAACAACAGAAAAAUUGGGUGGAUACCUUAAAACAGACUAUAAGGGAUAAGGGUGUCACAUUCCUGCCAAAGUACCAUACUGGGGUCUGGACAAAGAAUCUAGGACACUACAACUGUUGUGACCAGAUUGAUCGAAACGCUCCCGGUUGUCAGGUUAUACCAGAUGAUGGAUUAGGAGCUGCACAGAACAAUUCUACUCGAUCUAAUUUACCACCUUUACCGGAUAUUCCCAAAACAAACGGAACUGGUGGACACCGGCCUGUACCGGCACCCAGACCUCCGAAGAGAGAGAAGGAAAAGGAUAGAGAGAAGAAAAUAUACAUCGCAGCUUACGACUAUAAACCAUGUGAAGAUGGGGAUUUAGAAUUAGUAACAGGCUCAGAGUAUGAGAUUUUAGAUGAUAGUAGAGAUCACUGGUGGCUAGCGAAAAAUCAAAACGGCGAGAAAGGUUUUAUUCCUGCCAAUUAUGUGAAGAAGAAGUUCGAUCUAGAAAUUUAUGAAUGGUACUAUAAAGGUGUUACAAGGGAGAGAAGUGAACAGAUUCUCAAAUCUGAGGCCCGGGAAGGGUGCUUCAUGGUGCGUGACUCGAGCACAGCUGGAAUGUAUACGCUGUCUAUAUAUACCACAGAAACGAGGCAGAGUGUACCAAGUAGUAGUCGAGAAGGAGUAGUGCGACAUUACCACAUCAAAAAGAAUGAGCAGGAUAGAUUCUACCUGGCAGAGAAGCAUGCAUUUGUUACAAUACCGGACUUAAUCUAUUAUCACAAACAUAAUGCUGGCGGUAUUGCUACAAGAUUAAAAGCACCUCCAGCAAAGAACAAGAAUGCACCAGUAACUGCUGGCUUUGGUCAUAGUAAAUGGGAGCUUGAUAGGAAUGAUUUGGAAUUAUUUGAAGUUCUCGGUUCAGGUUGCUUUGGUACUGUUCAUAAAGGCAAAUGGCAUGGUAGAGUGGUGGCUGCCAAAAUGAUGAAGGAGAGAACGAUGUCAGAGGACGCCUUCUUAGAGGAGGCCAAAACCAUGACCCAACUAAGCCAUCCAAACUUAGUACAGUUGUAUGGAGUAGUCACAAAAUCCAAACCUCUAAUUAUAGUCACAGAAUUGAUGCAAUAUGGUGCCCUGCUGACAUACUUAAAGCGUCACAAACAUAGAUUAUUAAACAAAAUUGACACACUAGUGGACAUUUGUAUACAAGUGUGUAAUGGAAUGGAAUAUUUAGAAAGCCGUAGUUUUAUACAUAGAGACUUAGCAGCAAGAAAUUGUUUAGUGGGAGAUAGCCAAAUAAUAAAGGUCGCUGACUUUGGAUUAGCUAGAUAUGUUAUAGACGAUGAAUACACUAGUUCAACAGGAACAAAAUUCCCGGUGAAAUGGGCACCACCCGAAGUUCUCAGUUUUACGAGGUUUAGCAGUAAAUCAGAUGUAUGGGCAUUUGGUGUAUUGAUGUGGGAGAUUUUCACCUGUGGCCAGAUGCCGUAUGAUCAGAUGAGGAAUGCAGAUGUUGUAGAUUUUGUCUGCACAGCAAAUAAACGAUUACCUAAACCUGAGGCGUCUCCUCAGAGAACAUACCAGAUUAUGAUGGACUGCUGGAAAAAGGAUUGGGAAGAACGACCCACAUUUAAGACGUUAAAACAAAUAUUAACCAAACUUGAGGGAUCCUGAUAGACGACCAGGUUUCCGAGAUCUGGGACGGACAUUGAAUGGACUAAUGGAAGUUGGUAAUUACCCACAAGUGUGACAAGUGUGACAGCAUUAAACUGCAAGAAACCUCUACGAUCAGCCAAUCAGGGGAGAUGUGAAAGACACAUGACCUCAGUUGUCCAAUAAUGGAAGCUUAUCAGGCGGUACAUUGUUACAAUCAGAACAAUACAACUUCUUCUUGACUGGAAAAUUUGUUACAUGACAUGUUUGUAGCAGUAUUUGAACUGUGAUUUAUGAUUUAUAAAUGUGCUAAAAAUAACUUACCAUGUGCGAAAAAUAACUUACCAUGGACAGUAGACUAUUAUUGGAUUUGAAUUGUUAUGCAGUUUUGCAUGUAACUGAAAUGGCCAUAAAUUAGUGAACAUUUUUAUACGAUUACUUAGAGGUCAUUUGUUUUCUGUGGAUUUUUUAAAAUUUUAUUCUUUAUGUUGCAUAGAUUGUUUAUGAAAAGAGUGUGUUUAAAGAACAAUUUGUUUAUUAACUUGAUACAGUUUUUGAGGUUUAUUUACUUUGAAUCUUAACCUUCACACUUCUAAACUGGACUGAUAACUCCAUGUUCACUAGUAACAUAAAUGCAUACAGAAUAAUGUAGAAUUACCCAUGUUUAAUGUAACAUGCUCAACUAACGACUUUUAAAAUCCAUGGUGUACUUUGAUUGCUGCAGGGUUGUUGAGCUGCUUGACACUUAGAGCAAUCAAAGUGUCAAAAUGUAUAUAUAUUUAAACAGUGCUGAAGUUUAGAUAUUACCCAGCUCAAUUUUUUAGGAUGAAGUUUUGCAUUAUAACUAACAUGGGACCAUGUCCAAUUUUAAGAUAAUGUUUGUGCUAUAAAGACCAGCAGCUUCUAAGAGAAGUUUGAUUUUUUUGUAGUUCUGUAUUAUGGAAACAGAAAGAAAAUCUGCUCUGAAAAUUUUGCCUCAAAUAGGUGCAUGCCAUAUUGUGUUUAUACAUUCUCUUCUGCAAAAUCAAUAUCCACAUAUAAGUAUUCUCAAUUUCUGUUGUGAUAAAUGUGUGUUCUUGAUAAUUUCAAUGUUUUUUGAAUGAUUCAUUACCUUUUCUAUUAAAGCAAGUUUUUUUUUGUAUAUGUUUGGAAUAUUGUUAUAAAUUUACUUGUAGCACAUAUUGUAGAGAUAGAUUUUUAUAUGUGUAAUUUGGUGCACUGCUGGUUCUCAUAUUUCAUUUAACCCUUAGCCUGCUAGCGGCGAUUGGUUUUGCCUUUGCGACCAGUGCAGACCAAGAUCAGCCUGCACAUCUGUGCAGUCUGAUCAUGGUCUGCACUGUUCGCUAUUCAGUCAGUAAAUUUUCAGUGAACACCCCUUCGAAUGAUAAAUGGUAUUGCCCAAAUUGAAUGAUGGACCAGUCCAUUUUAGAUAUUUAGCAGGCUAAGGGUUAAUACCAAGUAUUGUCAAUAUGUGAUUCAUCAUACAUGUUCACAAAUAGAUCAGCCUGAAUUGUAAAAUAUGGAUUUUAUAUCAGUAUCUUGCCCUGGGAUGUUGGGCUCGAUAGGACUUUGCCAUGUUUGGAUCAUGUGGGGCAUGCAUGUACUGAGUGUGACUUGGCCUGGUAAAAUCUGUUAAAGCCGAAUACAUAUCAGAUCAAGCUACUGUUAUAGUGAUACUUUUAUUAUAAUAUACCUCCACCUGUUUUUUUUUUUUAAUUUAGCCAAAUAUAACUGUAAACUCUUUUGAAACAUAGAAUUAUUUAUUUACCAGGUCAUUUAAUUUAUAAAAGAAGGCCACAUACUGGCAAACUACACAUCAGAUUUCCAGCCUUGCACAAUAUGGAUUUUGAUCAUCAGUUUCUGUUUAAUUAUGAAAUACAGGCUGAGUCUCUAUUUUUUUUUUUUU